AAAUGCAAAAGAUUCUUCUCUGUACCUUCUUGGUGAUGGCUGUAUGCCUCGUUACUGGAGCCCUUGCUCACACCAGACUUGUCUAUCCACCUCCAAGAACCUCUGCCAAUGAUUUAUAUACCUAUCCAUGUGGUGGUGUUCAAUUCUUUGGUGAUGGACAACCUAUUACCACUAUUGCUCCAGGUAAACUCACUGUUCAAUUCCAAGGUACUUUGUAUCCAACUGAAAAUAGUCAUGAUGGUUCUCCAUAUAGACUUGCUUUGAGUAUUGGAGGUGAUGAUGAUUACAAUAAGUACGUUCUCUUGGAUCACAUUCCACACGCCACCAAUGAUGUUGUCAAUAAGACUUCAUUCAACUAUUCAAUUACUGUCACCAUUCCAGAUAUUAAUUGUCCAAAGUGUUCUCUUGCCAUGUUCAACGUUCAAACCAAAUCAAUGGGUACAUGUUGUUCAUAUCCUCCAUCUUCUACCAAUACUUCAACUAUUUGUCAAACUGCUUUCCACAGUUGUUCAAAUAUUGUCAUUACUGGUACCAAGGCUGUUGAUACUUUCAAGAAUUCUUAUUAUUAUAGUGGACCAUGUGGUGAUUAUACUUAUGAAGAAACUACAUAUACAAAGAAUUCUGAUGGUAGUUUGUCACUUUCUACUGACGGAUAUGUUCCACCUGCAACUCAAAGAUGUUCAAACUUUAAGAGUGUCUGUAAGAGCAGUGCUUCAACUGUUUUCACAUUCGGAGCUGCUUUGAUCAUGAUGUUGAUGCUCGCUCUCUUCUAAAUUAUUAGAAUCAAAGUAAAUAAUAUACAAGAAUUUAAAUUAUUUU